CGCUGAGCUGCUUCAUUACAUUAGAGGUACUGGAAUUAGUACGCCAAGAAUGAGGUGAAAACGAACGAGAAUACCUAGCAUCAUUCUUCUUUCUUGUUUUUCCUCAUUAUUCGUCUUUUUCCUCUACCAUGCCUCGAGAGGCAGAACCUUCGCUCAAUGAGCGCGCUUUCGUAGUGCAGGCACUACAAGAGGGCCUGCGCAUCGACGGUCGCACCUUUGAUCAAUACCGGAAGCUCGAGCUCAAGUUCGGCGAACAAUACGGAGUCGCAGAUGUAACUCUUGGAAAGACAAGAAUACUCGUCAAGGUCUCAGCCGAAGUCACAACGCCCUACACGGAUCGGCCCUUCGACGGCAUCUUCACCAUUGCGACAGAACUCAGUCCCAUGGCGUCCCCCGCUUUCGAAGUUAAUCGUCCGACAGAAACGGAAAUUUUAUUAUCGAGACUACUUGAAAAGACCGUCCGCCGAUCGAAUGCUCUCGAUACCGAGUCGUUGUGCCUCGUCGCCGGACAAAAGUGUUGGUCUAUAAGAGUUGACCUACACGUCCUCUCGCACGAUGGCAAUCUGAUUGACGUCUCGUGCUUCGCCGUUGUAGCGGCCUUGCGCCACUUUAGGAAACCAGAUACGAGCAUAGAAGGAGGUAACUUGACUGUGUAUACUCCCGCCGAACGAGAACCCGUACCAUUAAGCUGGUUGCAUUCACCCUUUUGCGUCACAUUUAGCUUUUGCGGAGAAGGCGAAAUCACGUUGCUGGAUGCCAAUCUCCUGGAGGAACAAUUAAGGGUGUCUAGCUGUACGAUCAGUCUUAAUAGACACGGGGAGAUAUGCCAGAUCGCGAAGUUGGGCGGCACACCUGUGGAGGCGGCCACGCUACUUCAAUGCGCAAGCGUCGCGCUUAACAAGGUUAAGGAAUUCUCGACGUUAUUAGAUCAGAAGCUAGCCGAGGACUCGAAGCGGAGGGACAAAGGUGGACUCCUGGCAGAAUUAUCCGCAGAGAAUGAGAGAUAGCAGAGACACCGAGCUUCUCCCUCUGAUAGAUGACCAAAAAAAAUAAAAAUAAAGAUACCCAUGAUGAACCUGACGAUAAUCUUCCCAUCCCCAUAACGCCU